ACACCUCCCUUCCAGCGAGGGACCCAGCACGAAGGCGAAAAAGGGAAGUUCAUGGAGAUGGUGAAGCCGCAAGAAUCGCAAGCAUCCCCACGGGUCUGGAUGGACAUGCCUAAUUGGGACAAGUGGGGCGGCGAAUUCCCCUUGCGGUCUUCCUCCUCCGUUUCGGGGUCCGAGGAACGCGAGGAUAAGCGUUGCAAAGCAGCUCGAUUGCCGAGAGACGUAAUAUGGGUCUUUCAUCCCAUCAACAUAUCUGUUUCCGUAUAG